CUCCUUAUAUCCUCAUUAAGAGCCUCGAAAAAGUCACCUCUAUCUAUUCUGACCCUCAUCUCACCCAAGCACAACCAUUCACAAACACAAUAACUCACACACGCGGACCUUCUAACCUCCAACCGACCCCUCAUCCCCGCCCUCCCGCGGGACCCAACACCACCGCACCGCGGUGGAGCUCUCCGACAAAAAAAAGUCCCAUGGCCUUCGCGACAUCCACAACUUUCACACGCACAUUACUCCGCCCAUUUAUCUCAACCAACUUCGCAUCACUAUCCUUAACCCCAACCACAGCCACAUCAGCAAUAACACGCACCAUGUCCUCCACCACAUCAACCCCCCAAACCGCCACCGUCGCCGCCGGCUGCUUCUGGGGCGUGGAACACCUCUUCCGCAAACACUUCGGCAACGGCAAGGGCCUCCUCUCAGCCAAAGUAGGAUAUUGCGGUGGUCACAGCGCCUCGCCUUCCUACCGGGCUGUUUGUACGGGUGAUACUGGACACGCCGAAGCCCUCCAAAUGACCUACGACCCAAGCAUCGUGAGCUACCGCUCCCUCCUGGAGUUCUUCUAUAGAAUGCACGACGCCACGACGCUGAACCGCCAGGGCCCGGACGUGGGCACACAAUACCGCAGUGUGAUCUUCACGCAUAACGACGAGCAGGAGAAGAUUGCCAAUGAGGUGACGGAGAAGGUUGGCAAGGAGUGGUUCAAGCAGCCGGUUUCGACGGUCGUGGUGCCUGCCGGCCAGUGGUGGGAUGCCGAGGAGUAUCAUCAGUUGUAUCUGAAUAAGAAUCCGGAGGGGUAUGAGUGUCCGGCUCAUUUUGUGAGGUCGUUUCCUCCGCUUUCUGAGUAGGGUGGAUUGGUGGUUUUUGGGUGAGUGGUGGGUUGGGGAGAUUGGUGUAUGGUGUAUAGUGUAUAGUUGAAUGGCAUUUUUUGUUGCUUGUUCUUGUUAAGCUGGUUUAUGGCUACGAUAUCUACUUCUGGUAUGAACAUACGGUUCAUUAACAUCCUGAUUACAGCCCUAAUAGUAGUAACCUGUGCAAAAGCAA